CCACUGCGCAUUCCGCCGUCACCAAUGGCAGCACCCCCCCGACGCGCGCCGUCGACCACACAUCUGAGAAGCCCGACUAUGGCAGCGGCACGCUCAAUAGCGAAGCCAACAGCAACAAUGUUGCCGACAAUACAUCGACUUCGCCGCCGCCGCCGGCCCCCCCUCCGCAUAACGUGGCUGCAGCUGCGGGCGAGACAACUUCCGCCCUAGAGAAGGACGCCAAACCCGGGUUAACCACGCGCAUGAAAAAUGGCUCGAUACGAUUUGGCACACACCUGAAAGAGGCAGUGUGCUACACCUGGCUCAAUGUGCUGCUGGUCUUCGUGCCCAUUGGCAUUGCCACGAAGCCCGCCGGGUUGAAUCCCGUCAUCAUCUUCUCCAUGAACGCUGUCGCUAUUAUUCCCCUAGCCGGAAUGCUCGCCCACGCGACUGAAAGCGUGGCUGCGAGGCUGGGCGAUACGCUGGGAGCCUUACUGAAUGUAUCCUUCGGCAACGCCGUUGAACUGAUCCUAUUCAUCAUCUUACUCGCUGGGAACCAGAUCCGCGUUGUCCAGGCCGCGCUUCUGGGAUCCAUCUUGGCGAACUUGCUCCUCAUUCUGGGCAUGGCAUUCCUACUCGGUGGCCUGCGCUACCAGGAACAGGUCUACAACAGUACCAUUACCCAGAUGAGCGCUUGUAUGCUCAGUCUAGCAGUCAUGAGUCUUCUCCUCCCAACAGCAUUCCACUCCGCGUUUGCUAGUUAUGCGAAGGCCGACCUGCAGACUCUCAAAGUCAGCCGCGGCACGAGUGUCAUCCUACUCCUCAUCUACAUCCUCUACCUUUUGUUCCAGCUCAAGUCUCAUGCAUACAUGUAUGCCAGUACUCCACAGCACAUCAUCGACGAGGAAUCCCAUCCCGGUCUCCUCGCGGAUAUGCUCAACUCGUCAAGCUCAUCAGAUAGUUCUUCAGACUCGAGCAGCACCGACUCGGACGGAUCGUCCGGCUCGCACACCACGGCCAAGAGGUUCAAGCGCGCCUUCAGGAACCGCAAGCGCCGUAAGUCUAGUGCCAGCUCAAAGGACACGCAUUCUAUCCCCUCGGUCAUGAGCUCGCCCUCCGUCGAGAACCACAAAAACUUCUUUGAAAGCCAGAGAGCCGGUCAAGAGAGCGCCAUCGAGGAUCAACAGAGAGCUGUCUCUCGACGUGAAUCGGUUCUCGGUGCUAUCAUGAGUGGUGAUGAAGCGGACACUGAUGACAUCGCUCGCUUUGAUAAUGCACCGCGUGUGCGCGACUUCGAGGCCGGCUCCUCUAUUUCUCCACCCAACGGCAAGCGCGAGAAGCGCCAGAAGAAGACCCGCAAGCAGAAGCACAAGAGGCAUAGCCACGGGUCUGAAAAGUUCGACGAGAAGGACGACGUCAAAGGCAAGACCAAGGUAGUUGCGGAUGACGCUGCUGCGCCUAAGGUGGCCUUCGCCGAAGACUUGGCCAUGGAGCUCCCUCAGGCAAAACGGCCUUUCGCGCUCCGUCCAGCACUUCCAUCUCUGCUGUCUAAUAAUGUAUUCUCAAAUCCCCCGCAACCCCCAGCAUUAUCCGGAUCUCCCUCCUUAGGCGCAAUUCCUCCCGGGAGACCCAGGAGUCUCCGCCGGACCGCCUCCCUCCCUGACCGCAUCAACAGACCGUUGACGCAAGUACCAUCGAACAGCCGCGCUCCCGUGCAACCUCACCCAGUCCAGGUCAAUUCUGGCCUACACGAAGAGGUCGAAGAGGAGGAGCUUAUGUCACGCACUACAGCCAUAAUGAUGCUAAUAAUCAGCACGGGCUUAGUCGCAAUCUGCGCCGACUUCAUGAGCGACGCCAUCGAGCCCAUGGUCGAGAGCACUGGUAUCAGCCAAGCCUUUAUCGGAUUGAUUAUCUUGCCUAUCGUCGGCAAUGCCGCCGAGCACGUUACAGCUGUCACAGUCGCUGCAAAGAAUAAGAUGGAUCUGGCUAUUGGUGUUGCUGUUGGUAGCAGUAUUCAGAUUGCAAUCUUCAUCACCCCCGUCAUUGUAAUCCUCGGUUGGUGCAUGGCCAAGCCCAUGAGCCUGUACUUCAACAUCUUCGAGACUGUUUCGCUCUUCGUGACAGCUUUCGUAGUCAACUUCCUUGUCCUGGACGGGCGGAGUAAUUACCUAGAAGGCAGCUUGCUAAUUGCGGCUUAUGUUAUCAUUGCUGUGGCAUCUUUCUUCUACCCCGACGGGUGCGAUGCCAGCCCCAUCGGUGGGCAGGAGGGCAUAUGCUCGUAAAUCCCCACCUCUACCUCUUCGCUUCUGCGUCUGUGGGUGUGGGUGAGCACACAUGACGUAUCUUGGCCUCUUCGAACGGAUUCAUUCGCUUUCCAGGCAACGGUUUUGCGGCAACGGGAUAAAUUGACAAAUUGAUUGAAUGAAUGAAUGAUGGUGGUAGUUUUUUUUGGGUUUUUUUUUUAGCAACGGGGUGUUGCUUCUAUGAUUCGUCUGGUAUACCGUUAUACUACAGACAGAUAUAUCAGACCCACACUCGCUAUAAUCCAUACAUGCUAGGCCCUAUCGGGACUGAGCAUUUCCAGGCCAUGCGUAGAUAAAGAGUUUCUUUCGCGUUGAUUGUCGUGAUGCGUGAAGUAAGCUGUGUGAUUUCGGGUGUUCAACUUUGGC